GUAGGUUUGACUGAUGUAGAAGUAUUUUGUAAGGAUUAAAUUGUAAUCAGGCUGGACAUGGUAUUAAAUUGUUUCAGUUUGGCCCUACACAUUACUACACUUUCUUAUGUUCUUUCUUUUCAGUUAGAAUAAAAUGCAGAGAACUUGUAAAGAAAAUUGCAAUCUACAAAAAUAGAUUAGCAAUCCAGCUUCCAGAAAAAAUCCUGAUUUAUGAAUUAUAUUCAGAUGAUUCCUCAGACAUGCAUUACCGUGUGAAGGAAAAGAUAGCAAAGAAAUUUGAAUGCAAUUUAUUAGUUGUAUGUUCAGAUCACAUUAUCUUAUGCCAGGAGAAAAGACUACAAUGCCUCUCAUUUAGUGGUGUUAAAGAACGGGAGUGGCUGAUGGAGUCUCUCAUUCGUUACAUUAAAGUAAUUGGUGGCCCUUCUGGAAGAGAAGGCCUCUUAGUCGGUCUGAAGAAUGGCCAGGUAAUGCUUUGAUUGAUUUUUACCUUAUUUAUUUAAAAAAAAAAAGUACAAAGCAAAAUCUAUUUUACUGUGUUGAAGAGAACAGAAAUACAUAAAGCUGACCCCAGAAGUAGAAAAGACUUAUAACCUGAAGUCUAUGGACCCAAGCUAAGUUCAAUCCUGAAUCAGAAGACCCAUUCAUUUAUAUUUGUUGUCUGUGGGCUCACGUUCUUCCAUUUUAGCUGCUCGUUUGUAGGUUACCCACAGAAGACAAAAUUAUUCCUCAUUGCUUAUGCUUCAUAGAUGGACCUCCAAAAAAGUGAAUAUACUGAAAAGGGUUCUCUACAGUUUACUGACAAAUCCACAGUUGACUGCCCCAAUAAGAAAUGGACCUUUUGGAAUUUGUUUUAUAGCAUAUGAUGAACAGGUGAUUCACAGCAUUCCAGUUUUUGUACAGGGGAGGAAGCCAGGAUGGAGUGCUAGUUAAGUAAUUUGUGGUGCUCCGAAAGUGUUGGUGGGUAAGGGAAGGAGUAGAA